UCACCUGCAAAGGAAACAGGCCAAGCUGCCUGGAGGCCUCCAAGAGACGCGUGCUAGACACCUACAGGACGCUCCUCUCUCCCCGCCCUCCCCCAAGACUGCCAUCUGCCCAGCCAGGGAGCUUGAGGUGACCGACAGGGGUUGGGGACACAGCCUCUGCUUAGCGGCGAUGGUCAGGGUCCCCAGGUGGGUGUAGACAUGCCCAGAGCCAUGUCGGGGCUGAAGCUUACUCCCCGGCCCCACACAGUUGCCCCUGCAGCCAAAGCACCAUUGCUCUGGGUUCUGUUUUCCAUCAUUCAAGGUGGCAGGAGGGUAAGUGGAUGAGAGGCUCCCAAGCCUCUGCUACUUUGGGAAGAGUGUCAUUGUCCCCACGGGAUCCCCCCCAAAUCAUCCAAGACAACCAGAAACUCCCUUUUCUGUUCCAAAUGUUUUCCAUCUGGACUACGCAUACAUUAUGAUGCUGGCUUCCACUCCCUUCACUAUUUUAUCUUGUGUUCUUGUUUUUUGUUUUGUUUUCUUAGAUUACAGGUUUUCUGGAGGUUUUUAGACAGAGAUCUGUCUCAUGCUCCUGUGGUUCUCUCUGCCUCCAGGGCCCAAUGGAUUUGCUAGAAGUCUUUAAUGGAUCACAGCAGAUGCCUGUGCAAGACUGACCUGUGAGGCCUCGGGGUCCUUUCUCUCCCUGGUCACCUGAAGCAAACACGGGGCAGGGCAGGGUGGCAGAAGCAUUAGUCAGGAGCCAGGAAAACCCCCUCACUCAGUGGGACAGAACCCCAGCGUCGAGCAGUUCUGUGCCCACGAGCCUCGGUCAGGAGGAUGAUGGUGAGGACUGGGCACUGGUGAACCAAGGAGCAAGCCUGCCCUCCCCCCAGGGUCACCCACAGACCGCCCCCAGCCCUACUGGCACUCAAGUGGGUGCCACAGGUACGAGGAGAACCAGACUACAGGGCACAUGCCUCAACCCCGUAUCCCGGCCCCCUGUGGACCACCCGACCAUAGUGCUAUGACAUGAUGGCUGUUUCCCUUCUUCCUGCCUCAGUGUCCCUAGGUGAGAGGCUGGGCUGCAAUGUGCCCUCACACACACCCCCAGACUUUGAGGCAGGGGUCCCUUCUGAGCUCCUAGCAGUCAGGCAACAGGCCUGUCUGAGCAGCAGUAACGUACCUUUGGGUCCUGGUGACCCCAGAGGUCCUUUGUCACCUGAAAAGAUAAUAGACAACUCUGUGUAAAGAGCCCUGAGUGGAGAGGAGCAGUGACCAAGAAAGGGCAGGGUCUGUGUGUGCAGACAGGCUCUCCCGCCAUGCUGACCUCCCCUCUGCUCACGUACCUGUCAGCCUACACUAGCCACUGGUCACAGCUGCCAGACCCUCCCGGCCCCCCAGAUGCUCCUCCUUGAGCGAGUGGCAUCUACAGGGCGAUGUCCCCUCCCCUCCAGGUCCUCUCCCAAGCUUACCUUUGAUACCAGGAAGUCCAACUUCCCCUCGGAGCCCUUGGGGACCUAUUGGGCCUGCAAAUGAAGGAAACCACAUAGGCAGAUGAGGGGGCCCAGCUCUGGGGCUGAAGGGUGUGCACACGGGCACAGAUGGGCAUAGACGUGCACACGCAGGGGCACACGCACCCUGGGGCCACAUUGGGGGCUGCUUUCUCCGCAGAUGCCUCCCCACAUCCCUGCUCCCUCGUCCGGGGCCAGCUCCCGGCCCGUGUUACCAGGCCCUGGGUGGGGAGUAGGGCGGACACCCACAGAGUGGGACCUGGGCAGAGACAAUGGCCUGUGGUAUGGUGUGCCCUGCGGCAGAUUCCCAUGGCGGCAGAGAGGCACGGGCCCCCAGGGAGGAGGUGCAGGGACUCUGCUUGGGAGCAACAGGCGGGGACUGCCUGCUGCUGGAGCCGGGUCGGACCGGAUCUCACUGGAACCACUGGCAGCCGGACCUCAGCUUCAGGGGAUGCACAGUCGGGGACUCCAGAACCAGCUGUCCUCACAUCCAGCAUGCUCAGGAGCAGUGUGUGGCCUGCAAGCUGGAGCCUUCCAGAAGGGAGCUCGUGUAGUGACCCAGGAGGAGGUAAAGCUGGGGACGGAGGGCCGCCCCGUCACCUUGAACAGUGGUUCUCAGAAUGGACCAUGCUCCCCUGGCCUCAGAACCACCUGGGUGAGCAAGACCCUGGACUCCCAGCGCCACCCACACCUGCCGGAUCCCAGGCUGUUCCGCGGACAGAGGGCCCCCGGCUGGGAGCCACACCGGGACCCCAGGGGCUCGGAGCCCCAUCUGCUCAUCCACAGUAACAGGGGGUCCACACCCAUCCUCUCCAGUCCCUCUACCCUCCACACCCGGGAACUGCAAACUCCCGCCCUCUGCACGGGCAGGGGGGCCCCCUACAGGCACGUACCCAGAGCGAUGAGGCCGAAGAGCAGCCCCAGGAGCAGCAGCCAGGUUUUGGAGACUUCGCAGGGGCUGAGCCAAUGCUGGUCGGGGCUGCAAGGCCCUAAAGGAGAAGCCGGGCUCAAGGAUGGAACACAGGCCCCGGCUGGUGAAGAGCACGCACCCGACCAGCCUGGCUGUGCCGACCAGAGGGGGUCCCUGCACCUCGGUUUCCUUUCUUAUAAAAUGGGGUUAAGAGCUUGCCUCCUUCUUAGAAUGAUUGUUGGAUGAAGGAGAAAAGGCACUUAAGGUAGUUAGCACAGGACAGGGCACAAAGUUUAAAAAUCCUGAUGACGACCCCGGAUUUCCUACCACUUCCUGCAUUUGAUUAUGGCCAAACCCAAAGCCUUCCCACCUCCCCAUCUCCGUUCCCAUGGCUCCUUCUUCGUAAUCCCUGCUGUG